AUGAAUCGAGUAAAUGACCAGAUCCAAUUGAAUUGGAAAUUACCUGAUACUGACGAUUUAGUAGAAGAAAUUGAUGUUCUACUAAUCAGUGAAACAGAACAAUCACGGAGUUUUUGGGUCUCACCCACCCGAAAUCAUUAUAAAAUUAGUUUGCCGCAACUGAAUGCGACCUACACCAUUUCUGUACGAAUGAAAAACGCCUGUGGUUGGUCGAAUCCCGUGGAUCUGUCCUACCCCAGUGGACGGGCUAAGUGGAGCGCAGUACAAGAUUUAUUGGACCCUGAAAAACAAAAUGAAACUCCAACGACAAGAAAUCUGAAAAACAUUCGCGGCAGGAAUACGGAAGCGUAUGAGGAGGAAUAUCAUGACACCUACGUGUACGAUAGUAAUACGAAUGGCAACGUUGAAGGUGGCUCCUGGGAAACGACACCAGGGGAGCCGAACGAGGGAGCUGAUCAGGGGGAGAUGAACUGGUCAACUGAUUGGGGAGAGUCGAACGAGGGAACUAACCAGGGGGAGCUGAACUGGCCUACUGACCAAGGGGAGCUGAACUGGCCCACUGAUCAGGGAGAGUCCAAUGAGGGAACUGACCGGGGGGAGAUGAACUGGCCAACUGAUCAGGGAGAGCCAAACGAAGGAAAUGAUCAGGGAAAUCCGAACAUGUCGACUAAUGAGGGAGAGUCGAACGAGUCAACCGACCAGGGUGAGCUGUACGAGGGAGCUGAUCAGGGGAACCCGAAUGAAAAGGAACAAGAAAAGGAAAGGGCUGAAUUACUCGAAACAUAG